AUGCUGGACGGCCUGAAAAUGGAGGAGACGCUGCAGAGUGCGCUGGAGCCGCCGCCGGCCUCCUUCUCCUCCCUGCUGGGGGCGGCGGCCGGGCGGCGCUCGGUGUGCGAGGGCUGCCGGGGCGUCAUCGCGGAGCGCUUCCUGCUGCGCCUCAACGACAGCCUGUGGCACGAGCGGUGCGUGCGCUGCGCCUCCUGCCAGGAGCCCCUGGAGAGCAGCUGCUUCUAUCGCGACCAGAAGCUCUACUGCCGCCUCGACUACGAGAGACUCUUUGCAGUGAAAUGCAGCAGCUGCUUUGAAGCCAUUGCCCCCAGUGAGUUCGUCAUGCGAGCCCAGAAGAGUGUGUACCACGUGGGCUGCUUCUGCUGUUGCGUCUGUGAGAGGCAGCUCCAGAAGGGGGAUGAAUUUGUCCUGAAGGAAGGGCAGCUGCUGUGCAAGAGCGACUAUGAGAAGGAGCACGAGCUGCUCAGCCUAGUGAGCCCAGCCGCAUCAGACUCUGGUAAAAGUGAUGAUGAAGAGAGCCUGGGCAAAAUGGGAGAAGGCACUGGGAAAGUGUCCGAGGAGAGCAAGGAUCACAAGCGGCCCAAGCGGCCCCGGACAAUUCUGACGACACAGCAGCGCCGGGCAUUCAAGGCAUCAUUUGAAGUGUCUUCUAAGCCAUGUAGGAAGGUGAGAGAAACAUUAGCAGCUGAAACGGGGCUGAGUGUCCGAGUUGUACAGGUCUGGUUCCAGAAUCAAAGAGCUAAGAUGAAGAAACUAGCAAGAAGACAGCAGCAGCAACAGCAAGAUCAGCAAAGCACACAGAGGCUCACCUCCGCUCAGACAAACAGUGGCAGCAACACUGGCCUUGAGGGCAUCAUGAACUCAUACACCACCUUGCCACCACCUCCACAACAAAUGCUGGCGAUUGAUCAAAGUGUCUACAGCUCAGACCCCUUCCGGCAAGGGCUCACUCCACCACAGAUGCCAGGGGACCACAUGCACCCUUAUGGUGCCGAGCCCCUUUUCCAUGAGAUGGAUAGUGAUGACACCUCCCUCAGCAACCUGGGUGAUUGUUUCUUAGCAACCACAGAAUCUGGGCCCCUGCAAUCAAGAGUGGGAAACCCCAUUGACCACCUGUACUCAAUGCAGAGUUCCUACUUCACGUCUUGAGGCUCUAGACCGUCCCAGUGCUGGGCUCACUACAAGCAUCAAGUAGAGAGAAGAAGGGGAAAGGACAUACAGCUUGAAAACUACAAUUACACUUGAUUAUUUCCAUAUGAAUCAUAAUAUAACAUGUGAAGAACAGAUAUUAUUUUAUGUACUUGGAAAGUCCCAAAUUCUUUUCCAAUUUGAAAACAAUGGAAGCCAAAAACAUUUGUGAAGAAUAUUUCAAAACUUUGUUCUCCAUUUGCUAACCAAUUUAUAGAACCGGCUACAAAUAUUUGGGUUUAAAUUUUUGAAAUGUGAAGGAAUACAUGAAAGAAACAAAAUCCCAUUUUUUCUUAUGUUUAAUUUAAGACUCUUCAAUGAAAGUUGCAAAAAGCCGUGUUUUAGGUUUAGGCUAGGUCUGCAACAAAUCAUUUUCAACUUUUGGGUUAAAAUGAAUGAUUUUGAGGGGUGGAAUGGAAAUUUCUCUCCCAAAAUACUUGGACAUCUAAAAUAUUCAUCUUUUUGCUGUCCAGUUUGGCACUGUGGUUUCUGCUGGUUGCUGCUGCUUUGACAUAAUUUUUCCCUUGGUUGUCACUUCUUUCUCCUCCUUCUGCUAGUCGUAUGCAUGAUCCUACCCAAUCAGGGUUCAUAUGGUGAACAGGAUGAACAGUACCACUACAUCCAUUUGGUUUGGCAAUGUGAUAAUUUCACUGAGGGCAA